AUGUCUACUGGCGUUAUUAGGAUCAAGGAAAACAUGCUGUUUAAAAUUUACAACACUGGUGCUCGUUUCACCGGCAGGGACAAAUACAUGGAUUUUCAAGCUACAAUCCUUGGAGGACAAGAAACGGGCGUCAACGAGUACCCUUCGAUGGCGGGGCUGGUAAAUCUGAACCCUUUCAUCAUAAUUUGCGGGGCUAGCAUAAUCUCUGAAUUUUUCGUGUUGACCGCCGGUCAUUGCGUCUACAAUAGAGAUCGCAACACGUUUUCGGUUUUAGUGGGCGGGCACAACAUCACUUCAGCGAGAAACGGAGCGAAUUUCCGUCCCAAAGGGACGGUUUCCGACCCCGUUUUACCCGGAUCUGACAUCGUUUCCGCCAUUUUCCGGAAAAAAGUUCUUUCGGGGGCGGUAACUCCGCCCCCCGAGGUCGGGGGCGGUUCCGCUCCCGGCGCCGAAAUCGCGGCCGCCCCCUCCGCCGACACGCCAAGUUUCAUCCCGAUCGGAGCGGCCGUUCCCUAG